AUGUUGAGAUCACUGCUAUUACCUCUGCGGAAUAUUCGGGAGCUUACUCGUGAGACUAUGCAAGCACGAGGCCCUGACACGGAGUACAUCCAUCAGGCCCAAGUACCGCCAUUGAGCCCCUGCUCGGAACAGAUGAAAGAUGCAGUGGAACAGCUCAAAGCAGCCGAGCUCACUGUCGACAAAAUUGCGACAUUACGACGCAUAUACGAAUUGAUGAACAAGAAUCCCCAUGUUUUGGACGUGUUCUGCGAGUUGGAUGGCUUUCUAGCUUUCAUACAUAUCCUUUCAACCCUUUCCGCCUCCACGUCUACUGGGUUGUCAAGUUCGUAUCGCGUGCAGGAUAUUCUCGAGUGUAUGCAGUGGGCGUUUAUUGUCGCCUCCAAGGCCUUGGAUGGACACGAAGACAAUUUGGACUUCUUUGAGGAAUUCGUCGGGUAUGAUGUCCUUUCGGACGCCUGCAGUGUAUUUCUCAUCAAUCCGGCCACUUCUGAGAAGAUGCUUGGAUGCCUUCUAUCGCUUUCCUUGCAUAAUUUCGGCCUUGUAGAUGUGUUCGGCUCUUUGGUAGAAUGCCGGGACCUUGCGGAACUGGAUGUCAGGUUCUUGGAGUAUACACCUUCGUUCGGCACGAUUCAUCUACCCCACGUCUUUAAAAUUGCGUGGGACUCCAUGGCCCGCUCGUUGGCCACCAGUGGUUCGAUGCGCUUGCUCAUAUAUAAAAUCCUGGAACACCUCACUCAAUUUUCCCAUUACAACCUUACGGUGUUGGACGAGGCGAGGGUUUUGCCGCCUGUGUUCUCCCAUUUUGCAUCUAGUCCAACAGGGAACUCGUGCUCGGACAGUCCGUCCCCGGAACGUCGUUUGCUAAGCAAGAUCCUCAAACGGCUGUUCGAGAUUGGUGCGUCUACCCAGGAUGUAAGACAGCUUCUGCAGUACAUUGUCAAGGAGAAUGGUGCACUUGAUGGAGAGAUGAUCGAGUUCCUCCGUACGGGAAUGAAGUGCUGUUGGCCACCGCAUAUAUCACUUCAAGGGCCAUCAGUCAUCACAAAAUGGAUGGGAGAUGCAAAAGCUCUUCCAGCAGCUGGGUUCACAUUCACGAUGUGGGUUUGGUUUGAGGGAAUGCCUCUGGAAACGCAUUCACUAUUCGGCGUAUCAUUCUUGGUAGAUCCUAUCGUGCAAUUGAGCAUAACUGCAAAUGGGACCCUUGCUCUCAGAACAAAAGUCCGGCAGGAAGCUGUUGUUCUCUCAAAAUCAAAGAUUCCUACUGCUAGGUGGACACAUAUUGCAAUCGUGCACUAUCCGUCUCGAUCUUCCGGCCCUGCCAUCCGUAUUUUUGUUGACGGAUGUCUUACUGACUCGUUGGAUUGGCCAUAUCCCCCGCCGGACGUGAUCGGAAGGGGGCAGCUUAUACUUGGUGACACAACCCCGGGGCGGCCAUUGAGUUGGUGUCUCGCGUCGUGUUAUUUACUUUCCAUCCCACUGCACGAUAAUUUGAUCAAGUUCAUGCAUGGAUUAGGCCCACGUUAUCAUGACAAUUUUCAGGACUGUAACCUCGCUCGUUUUUUUACCUACGAAGUUUCGACGUCAUUGAACAUGUAUUUGCUGGGCCCUGCUUCAACUAGGGAUGCGUCGUCUCUCAAGAGAGCUAUUCAAGAAGGCGGACUUGUCAGCGAGAAUUUCAUCAUGCUUAAAGUGGUACCGGAAGAUAUAAAAUCUUUCCCUUGGCUCGAUCCUUGCUCCUGCUCGGACUUGCGAAGUGAUUCUGGUGUCAGAUACCGAGGAAACGUAUGUGUAGUUUUGCAUCAGCCAUUCGACGUCACCCUGUGGGAAGUCGGUGGUGUCCAACUUGCCCUCCGUUUGGUACACCAAGCCCAGACCCAGCACGAAUUAUCCCGUACCAUUUCUAUCCUCUGUGACAGUGUACGUAACAGCUGGCAGAACUCGGAAGAGAUGGAAAACAUAGCUGGUUACGACGCACUGGCAAAUAUCCUUCGCUCGAAGGGUCACUUGAUCAACGUGACAUCCUUUGAAACGCUGUUCGAAUUUCUUGGACUGAGUUUCCGUUCCCCGGACACUUCUACCGUCACAAAUGCCAUCGCAUAUCGAGCAAUCGCCUUGGAUUUCGAGCUUUGGUCGUCGACAAACUUAACAAUACAGCAAGCACACCUGGAACAUUUCGCAUUCUUACUGCGAGCCAGUCGUCACAGACGAUUCAAUGCAAAAGUAUGCUUAUCAAAAUUGGGAAUCAUUCGAAAGCUGGUGUUUGCGCUGCAAUCGACAUGGUAUCCGGCAGAAUCUGUCCCUCACCUCGUGAAUGCAAUUGUGGUCGUGAUGCAAGGCCAUUUCCCUCCGAGCGAUGUUAUAAAACCAGUCAUCUCGUACAUCUCGGCGCAUGUUGCGACUGAACCUUCGGAUCCACCGUCUCCGAGAUCAUCAUCAGCCUUCCUCAGUGUCAACCAGCACGAUAGAGCAAAACAGCUUCUUGAGGCAGUCGUAUCGCUUCUGCGAAUCCCGUCCGUGUAUGCAAGGGUUUCCGAGUCUGUGCCACUUGCUCGUAUCGUGUUGUUAUGGGUCAACGAAGUUCCGUCUCCUAGCGUAGCGUGUCAAGUGCUUUCAGUGAUCGGGAUUAGUCUGAUAUUUUCGUCGUCCUUUGGGAAGAAGCUCGAGUUGUUGAGUGGGUGGAACUUGCUCAGGAAACGUCUUCCACCUGUGUGGAACGAAGACUUGCACAGAGCUGCUGUCGAUUUGCUCUUGCGACCUGCCGCCGAGGCUAUCUCCAGCAAGGGCACCCCACAAGGUAUCAGAUGUCCGCAGAUUCUCCCUGUCAUUUUGGUUGCUCUUCGUUGUAGCUUGCUCGUGCGCUGCGAUAAACUUAAUCAAGGUCCUUCGCGCCACGUAACGGAAUUGAUCCUGGACGACCUGAACGAUCUUCACAAAACCAACCCGUCUUUCAGUCAGCUCUUUAAAUCGCAAAGUACGACAGAGGUGCUCAUCGAGUGCCUUUCUAUCUUGCCGGCGGGAUGUGAGAAUGUCAAGAUUUCCACGCAACUGACACAAUUCGCUUUAUUGGUCGCAAAUGGUAACCGCGUAUCUCAUCACCAGAAACAACAGAUACUCGAUCUCGUGAAGCCAGAGGUCAAGGCUCCUGGACCUUCACCGAACUCUUUGUCGACCAUGCUGACUGUUGUACGCGGGGAAACACUGCGCAAAGUCAUCAAUUGUUUAGACCAAUGGAGAAAUGUUAUUAUUGCUUCUGAGAAGGAGCGUUACCAAAAGAUGGUGGUUGACUUGCGGGAACGGCGACGACGACUUGGUUCGAUCAAUGCGGGUAUUUUGGACGUAGGAUCUGAGCGUGAUGUGUGGCCCCACUUCGUUCCAGAACGAGCGUGGCGAUUGGACGAGACUGAGGGCCCCUAUAGAAUGCGCAUCAAGCUGGAACCUGUGGUGGAAGCGCCGCCGGAAAGUCGACAAAGACGAUCGCCCAGUAUUGCAGGAGAGCCGGAAGCAUCAUCCACGGCACAGUUAGAACAAAUGGCUGAUGACGCUGCCGAUGAUUACGAUUCCCAGGCAUUGGCAGAAGACAUCGUCGAGGACAAACAUCGUAGGGUGAGGCAUGAGCUCGAACCUGGAGAUGUCAUCGAGGCUCUGGGCACCGUGGCUCGCGUCUCCGGAGUGGAUUCAUGGCCUGGCCUUCUUAUUUUCGGAAAGAGUCAUCUCUAUAUGCUGGAAGGACUAGUGGAGAACGAGUCUGGUGAAGUGAUCAACGCCGUGGAUGCCCCGAAAGAUAUGUUUUUCGUAUCGGGGAGCACUUCCCAGCUACGAAGUGGCCAGCCUGCACUGCGAUGGAAACUUGGGCACAUAGUCGGAUUCUCUAACCGGACAUUCCUUUUCAGAGACAUUGCCCUAGAGGUGCUCUUCAAAGACAGUCGCACCUUGCUGGUUGUCUUCUUAAGCACCUCCCAACGCCACGAUGCAUCUCAACGACUACAAACAAUUAUUUUGCACCAUAAACCACAAGAACAUCAAUCUGCUUUCAGCCUUAUUUUACGAGACAUGAGCAUUGCAUUGCCUGGGGGAAAGGCUUCGAAUGUCAACAUGUCACAUGAAAAAGCAUUGGCAACCGCACAGCAACAGUGGCAAAACAGAACAAUUAGUAAUUACGCAUACAUCAGUAUGCUCAACCAGCUUUCGGGUCGCACGCCAAACGACGCGACCCAGUAUCCCAUCUUCCCUUGGGUCCUGCAAGACUACACAUCAGAGACUCUCGACCUCUCGUCGCCCAAUUCAUUUAGGGACUUGACGAAGCCAAUGGGGGCGCUCACGGAUACACGGCGGGAGAUUGCAAAAAGCCGCUACGAUAACCUAGAGAGCGUAGGCGAGAAGCCAUUCCACUAUGGCACUCAUUUCAGUUCGUCCAUGAUUGUGUGCCAUUACCUAAUUCGAUUGGCACCUUUCACAAACAUGUUCAAAACCCUCCAGGGUGGGGACUGGGAUCUGCCAGACCGACUAUUUUCGGACAUAAAGAGAUCCUAUCGCUCCGCAUCACAAGACGUGAGAGGAGAUGUCCGAGAGUUGAUACCAGAAUUCUUUUCAUGUCCAGAAUUUCUUGAAAAUUUGUCUCGUCUCGAUUUUGGCGUUUCGCAUAGUACGGGAGAGAAAAUUGACGACGUCAAGUUGCCUCCGUGGGCAAAAGAUGACCCACUCUUCUUCGUUACCUUACACCGACAUGCACUAGAGAGUCGCUAUGUUAGCGAGAACCUCCCAGCGUGGAUAGAUCUGAUAUGGGGAUGCAAGCAGCGCGACGUCGAGUCGUUGAAUGUCUUCCACCCCCUGAGCUAUGAGGGGGCUAUUGAUCUCGAUAGCAUCACUGACCCCCUAGAGCGAGAGGCAACGAUUGGUAUCAUCCAUAAUUUCGGCCAAACACCUCGCAAGUUAUUCGAUUCUCCACAUCCCUCAAGAAACUUGAGCGGCACAUUAAGCCUUCCGGUGAAGGUGAAGAGGGGAAUUUGCGAGGAUGCGCUGGCUUUGACAAGAGAUGCGCAUCUGCUUAAACUUGGCUUUGAUGGCCCUGUCUCUCACAUUACAAUCGACUCAAGCGGGAAGGUGCACCCAAUGUCACAUGGAAAAUUGCUGCACCCCUCCCGCAGCGAUGACGGGGUUCGAUGGGAUCACGGCCGUGGAAGCGGGAUAUUGCAGGCAUUUUCCCGAGGGACCGUACGAGUUUUCUCUUUGUCCUUUGUGAAUCCACUGACAUUCAAGCUCCAGAUCGUGCAAACCAUCGAGUCUAUCCACCCAACUUGUGCUGCUUUCGCUGACCCAGAAACUCUUGUUACCGGAUCGGUGGAUUCCAUCGUACGAAUCUGGUAUGUCUCCUAUGGACAGAGCUCAGGGGGCUCGUCCUUCACUGGAAAUGUAAAACAUCGGAAGCGUCGGGAGCCGGUAUUAUCGCUUGCUCACCUGCUUCGUGGACAUAGCGGACCAGUGUCAUGUGUUCAGGCGUCCAGAACCUGGUCGGUUGCUGUUAGCGGCAGUUCUGAUGGAAGUGCGGUCCUGUGGGAUUUGAAUCGAGGGACGUACGUACGGUCGCUAUGGCACGUUGAGGCUAAUACUCCUUCGGAGAGUGCUUCUGUUGAUCUUGUAGCGAUCAAUGAGUCUACGGGGUGUAUCGCAACAUGCUCCGCUCGUUAUCUGUGGCUUCAUACCAUCGCUGCGAGGCCAAUUACGAAACUUGACCUGUCGUUGACAUGCGACCCCACUUCUCAAGUUUCGUCUAUCGCAUUCCACGAGCGCGAGUACUCCUCGCUAGGCGUUUUGGCCGUGGGAGACGGACAGGGUUCCGUGACACUCUACACCUGGAAUGCAGACGGGGCUCCUCAAGGCAAGAAGGCUCAAUGGGAGUUCGUGGAGGUACGGCGUCUUUCGCCAGACCCUAGCUCAUCUGCAGCCGUUACAGCUCUUAAAUUCUCUGGUGAAACAUUGUGGGUCGGGGACGCCUCCGGGAGCGUGUUCCGUUGGGCUAUACCUGACUGAAAUACUGUUGAGAACUCCAAUGUUGUACGUCCCCACCGUGUGGCAUACCAUAAUGACAGAUGUAACAUACCAUGGUUGACGCACUUAUGAAAAGGGCAAUCGCUUGCCGCAUACAUACAGGAGUGUCCCUUUUGUACGAGUACUGUCAAUACACUGAUCGUCAAUUGCCU